UGAAUUAAUUGAAUCCAAAAUGGCUGAACAUUUUUUGUACAGAAGAAGCGUCCACCGAGAGCAAACGCCGUGAGACCGUGUGUUUUCGUAGCGUUUUACGGGAAGAAAAUCUCACAAAACUUGCACUCGCAACGCGAAUAAACAAUUGCAGCCGCAAACAGGCGAAAUGCGGCACGAAUCAGAGAAAAAAAGUGACGGCCAGACGGAUAAAUAGCGAAAUCUAAGUGAAGGUGUAUAUGUAAAACGAAAGUUGUGGAUGUCGCUCUGAGCGAAAGAGAGGGAGAAUAUAUGUAUUUUUGCAAGCCGCGAAGUCGAAGGUGAAAUGAAAAUGUAUUAACAUCGAAAUAAAGGGGAGUCAAUUAAAGACCAGAAGGGAAUCUUAAAAAUUGACAAAAAAAAUCGUGAAACUCCUAAAUCAUUUAACAUCGUUGUUUUUGCUCGAGCGCGCGUGUGUGUUGGUGCGCGCCACCCUGAGAGUGUGUGUGCCUGUGUGACCAUUGGAAUGGAUUUACAGCCCAACUAAUUCCAAAACAUUAAUCCCUGCAACAUAGUAAUGAUAAUCAUGUUGUUCCAAGGUGGCAGCUGUUGAGAAAACAUUCGAUUGGUCGAUCAGUCAGUCAACCAAAAAAUCAGUUGCUAUAAUUAGCACGCCCACAUUUUGAACCACCCAAACUACCACGCGGUAAAAUCAUAGGAUAUUGCCAAUAUGGAUAUGGAUUUGGAGCAGCUAAAGAACGACUUCCUGCCGCUGAUUGCCGGGAUCAAGCAGGAGCAACUGGAUGCAGUGCCCACAGAUGUCCUGCCCCAGAUGAGCACACCCAGCACGGCCAGCGGAGCGCCCACUACAUCGUCGUUGAGCUCUUCUUCGCUGAGCCUUAGUAAUCCCUGCGACAGUGCGGAAAAAAGGUCGGAGUCCAACUCAUCGGCAUCGGCCAAGUUCACCCUAUUUAAGUGCGUCUACUGCGCCCAGCUCCUCGGAUCAAAUGAUCGGCCUAAGCUGCUCGAAUGUCUCCACGUGGCCUGUGCCCAGUGCGUGAGCACUAAGUUCUCGGAGCUGGACCGCUCCCUCCCGCCACUGAUACAUUGUCCGGUGUGCGACAAUGCCUCGCAGCAAGAGUUCAUUGUGGACAACCAGUUCCUGAUUGAACAGUGUACAGCCGGUGAAAGUGGCGAUGGGGUCGGCCUUUUGGGUUUGACCGGCGAAGGUCAAAAAAGUUCCGCCGCGGCGAGCAUACAAUGCAGCAGCUGCUCGGACGGUGCGGUGGCCACGUCGUGGUGCGUUGACUGUUCCGAGUAUAUUUGCGACAGUUGUGUACAGGCUCACCAGCGUUUAAAGAUCACCAAGGAUCACACGAUCAAGCCCAAGGACGAAGCCAACAAUGAGCAGCUUGCCGGAGCUGCAGGGGUGGAUAAACUGCACAUGUGCCAGUUGCAUACACAAGAGAAACUAUCGCUCUUUUGCGAGACCUGCGACAAGCUCACAUGCCGCGAUUGCCAGCUCAGCGAUCAUCGAGAUCAUAAAUACAAAUUCGCCCACGAAAUAGCCACGGAAUCACGCCAGGCGCUAUCCACGCUUGUCUCCGAAAUCAACUACAAACGGUUCCUUCUCUCCUCGGCCACUAAGGUGAUUGAUGACCGGCAGCAGCUGAUCCACGACAAGAAGAAGGACCUGAUUAAGGAGAUCACAGCUAUGGCGGUGAAGAUCACCAACACUGUUAAUACACGUGGCAAGCAGCUAAUCAUGCGAUUGAACGAGGUGUGCGAUAGCAAACUAAAGGUACUAGUGGAGAAGAAGGAGACGCUUCAGUUGCUAUCCGAUAACACGGACCACUGCAUCGACUUCAUGCAGAACGCCCUGGAGAAGGGCAGCGACUUUGCCAUACUCUCGAGCAAGAAGUCACUGGUCCGUCACCUGCAGAAGUUAAAGUGCCAGAGGGCGGAUAUUCCCAAUCCGGAGAUUCCGGUGCGCAUUCAGGUUCAGCUCAAUCAAGUAUCCGAUCUCCAGAAGGUCAUCUCGCAGUUGGGCAUCAUCAUCGUUGAUGGCAAACCAUAUCCGCCCACGCCUUCGCCAAAUGGAACACCCCAGCCGGCACACCCACCGCGCCAGCCGCCCAGUCCGAACAUGGCCCCGCCCCUUCGCCCUGGACUUCCGCCCGGAAUGCCAGCAGGCCUUUCGCCAAAUGGGCCGCCCGUCAACUUCGGACCGCAGAAUGGACCGCCCCUCUACAGUAACGCGGCCCAGCAGCAAUUUAACAAUCUGUCCAUGAGUCGUUCUUUUCCAGGCGACGGGCCAGGUAAGGUUCGCUUUGGGGGAAUGCCGCCAGUGGGCAUGCAGCGACACGGCCAGCCGCACGUGAGCUCCUCCACGCAUCCGCAGAAUAUGGACAUCAGCCUGCGGGGCUUGCUGAACAACCAGGCAGCGCAGAGUCCCAACGCCCACAUGGCAUUCAAUGGUCCGCCCAGCUAUCCGGGCGGGCCGCAAGGAGCACCGGCGCCGGCCCACCAGCCGAUGAGCCCCCAGAUGCGUCCACAUUUUAUGCCUGGCCAGCAGGGUUUCUCUCAGGGCGGUGGUCCAGGAGGCGGGCCGCGGGACGCCAACUUUAUGAACAGCAACGCGCGCUUCCAGUCACAAUAUCAACGCAUGGCCAACCACGCCCAGCAGGCGGCGGCCGCUGCGGCCAUGGCCGGAGCGGCGGGUGGCGGCGGCGGACAGAUCCCCUCACCGGGUGCACUGCAGCGACCCCAAAUGAUGUCGAAUCCCAUGCAAAAUGUGAGUGCCAUGCAAAAUUCGUUGGGGUUUCAUGGGAGCCAGGCUGGCUUUAAUGCCGGCCCACCGCAGACCUCCCCGCAGUUAAGCGGCGGCGGCAUGCACAGCCUGGCCAAGUGGCACAUCCCGCAAUCCGCGCAACAGUCGAACAUGUGUUCCCAGCAGGGUCCCCUUUUGCCUUUUGCGAAUGGCCGCCAGACAUCGGAAAAUUUUAAAAUCUCACUAAAAUCUCCAAAUACGCUCAAAAAUAGCACCCCGCCCAGCCUGGGGGGUGGCGGUGCGGGUCACUCGGGCCAUGGUAACGGCUCUUCCAGUGCUCAACUGAACGCAGCUGCCCUGGGAUUGGGGCCAGCCGUUUCGAUACUCUCAAAUGUCACCUCGACGAAUCCAAAGACGCCCAGUCCCAGCACCCAUGAGAACACCAAGGACUUCACAGAACCCAUAGACAAGGUCAGGGAUGACUCGAUCAACGAUCUGAUCGCCACCAUAGCCAAGCUAGACUCGAAUGGGGUGCAGGUGUUGCCGGAGGGUCGGACAAAGACCACCUCACCGCAGGUGCACAGUUCUACGGAUCUCUCGAACACGCAGGAAGUUAAUAAUAAAAACGAACAAAAAGAUGAUCCCAACGAGGACUGGUGCGCCGUCUGCCUAGACGGAGGGGAGCUGAUGUGCUGCGACAAGUGUCCAAAGGUGUUCCACCAGAAUUGUCACAUCCCCGCGAUUAGCUCGCUGCCGGACGAGAGCGAAAGCUGGCAGUGCCUGCUAUGCGUCAACCUCAAAGAACUGACAAAAACGGAGGGCAGUGAAAAGAGCUCCCCUGGUGAACUUAGCGCCUUGGAGUUACGCAUCCUUCAGCGCAUCUGCCUAGAACUGUAUUGCCAGUACGAGCAGAGUCUUAACUUCCGAGAGCCUGAGUCGCCGGCCAAUACAUCCUACUACGAGAUUGUGUCCAGCCCCAUGUCACUGGAUGUGAUUCGAACGCGCCUGGAUCCCUCCAGUCCCAACCACUACAAGGACAUCGCUGGCUUUGUAUCCGACGUGCGUUUGAUAUUCUCCAACACAUACCUCUUCUAUCAGGAGGACACUAAAACCUACUCCAAUGCCAAAUACUUGGAGAACUUCUUCGAGGAGCAGCUGACCAAGUGGCUGCCGCAAUUUGAAGACUGCAAGCUCGUGGGUAAGGGUAGCAGCUCCAAUUCGCCAGCGCUAUUGGGCGUGAAUGCGACAGGUUCGCCGUCGCCCAUCGAAAAUGGACGGAAGAGCUGCGGCUCGGCAUCAUUGGGUGACAGCGAUGGUGGCUGCUUGCCGGCCAAGAGGCCGCGACGGUCCGCGCACGAAUAGAACGAGCUAAUGCCCGGCGGAAAGGGCACAGAUGGGGAGGAUCCGGUGGAGACAGGACAGCAACGUCGCCAGGAGGAGGAGCAGUCAGAGCAGCAGCAACUGCCUGGUUUUCUGGAGGAUAUGGAUUUAGAAAUGCCACAGCGACCGCAUAGCCUGGGCAGCAAUGUUAUCCAGGAAAGCGCUGACUAUGUGCUUCAGCUUUUACACGCAUACGCCGCUGCCUUUGGACUGUAGAUGCAGCAGAAGCUACAUAUUUUAUUCUCCUCUAACGUAGUUUUCCUUGUAUAUGGUGAGCGAUCUAACCGUAUAAUUUUCCCCACAAUCUUGGGCCACCUCUGAGCAGUUAAACCUAAAGAAAAACAGAUGUGCCCUUUAAACUUCCGUGUCUGGACAUCUUCAAUAACUCAACUGUAAAUAGUAAAGCCAAGCAAGUCAUUUGAUAUGAUUUUAUUUUUACGUACAAUGGAAUAAAUUGAAUCCUUGGGCGAUUGAAAAAUUGAAAUGAGAUAUGAUUAGCUAAAUUCUAAGUGUUGAAUAUCCAUAAACAUUGAUAUAAAUAUAAAUAUUACUAUAAAUAUGUAAACCUUUCUGUAGAGAACCACUAGAGAUUAAAACUAGCUGUAAGCGUUCAAGUUCGAGUGAAAUCGUAAUCCUUAUUUCACCGAUCUAUAUUUGAGAUAAACCCCAUUCUGACCCAUCUCUGUUGGAAGUGUAUUUACUUUUGUGAUAGCGAAAAACAAUAAGUUGAACAAAUUAUCCAUUAUUCAUUAAUAUUAUUAUUAUCAUUAAACUAAAAACUGUAA